AUGUGUCUUAUUCUAUAAACUCGAAUACAUCUGCAUAAAUUCAGAGGAGUAAAAACUCAUGGAGCCACAUGGAGCUCUCAGCUGAUUUUAAUCAAGGUGUUAACGAGGAACUAUCAGAAGUGUGUGUGAGUAUGUGUGUGCCCUGACAACAUGUUGCAUCUGAUCCUCGCUGCAUUGCUUUUUGUCCGAUCCUCUAAAGAUGUCGACUCCAGUCCUUUACCAGAGGGUCACAACGUGACUCAGGAGGACUGGAUAACCAGAGUGCUGCAAUACAUGAACACAAACCCUGAGACUUUAGAAGAGCUUUUGACCAAAGACUACGUCGUAUUGGAGGGAGACAUCGUGGUGUCUAGUGACAGGAACUCAGGGGAGAACAUAUGGCCGACCACAGAGAUCCCGUACGUCAUCAGCCCAGAGUUAGAGCAUCGGACGGCGGUCAUCCUGGCUGCGAUGGCGAUGGUGUCCGAACGCACCUGUGUGACGUUCCACAGACGAACCUCCGAGACAAACUACCUGAAGUUCGUCACGAGCGAAGGUUGUGGUUCGUACGUGGGCUUCAUCGGCGGCGAGCAGCAGGUGUUCAUGGGGACACGGUGCAUUCUGGGAAACAUCGUGCAUGAGAUCCUGCACGCGCUGGGUUUCCACCACGAACACACGAGGAUGGACCGCGAUAAAUACGUCAUCGUCCUGCAGCAGAACAUCAUGGAGGGGAUGGAGAGGAACUUCCAAAAGCGAGACGGACAAACCUUCAAUCUAGAUUACGACGCAACGUCUAUCCUGCACUACGGAAGUGGGUUUUUCUCGACUAACGGCCUGCCCACCAUCAUCUCUAAAGUGGAGGUGAAGAACAUGGGGCAGAGAGAGAAGAUGGCGGACAGCGACGUCCUGAAAGUCCGACUCCUCUACAGCUGCGAUCCUCCCCAGCCCACACUGGAGGAGACAUGAGGAAAUUAAACAGCAGCAGCCACCGGAGGGCGCCACAGCCCAGAGGAGGCAUAGAGACAAAAAACAUUUGAAUAAAAACCAAAUAUCCACCACA